UGUUUUUUCAUUGUUUUUCGCCACCACCCGCGGCUAUGGCGGAUCGCCGUGCGCAUUGCGCUUCAUGGACGUCGCGUUCGCCACGCCAUCUCGCGCCGGGCGCGCUGGCGAUGGCCGAUCUGGCGGCUUGAUCACGUAGGGGAGAAUAUCGCCUGUAGCCUCGCUCCUUCCAGUAGAUUCUAGGGUUUUGGGCGAUGGCGGGGGAGAGGCGGUCCGAGGUGCUGCGUCGGCGCCGGCCGCGCCAGGCCAAUGCUAGGGAUUGAGCUGCUAGCUAGGGAUUGUGUGUGUGUGGGCGCGCCUCGAUCAGCGAGCUCUCUGGCGGGCUCCAAGUUUUCUUCCCAGGAGGGCGAUUCUUUUGCAUGACAACGCUCACCCGGGCUUCCAGGCGCUGGCAGGAGAAGAGAUUCAUCGUCGAUAGCGUAGCUACAGCAUGGUUAACAAAGGAGUGAAGAAAGUGCUCGACUCGUACACUAUCAAGGGGACCAACAAGACCAUCAAAGUUGGAGACGCAGUGUUGAUGCGUGCUCAAGAUCCCGAGAAGCCGCCAUACGUUGCUCGCGUAGAGCAGAUCGAGGCGGACACCAAGAACAAUGCCAAGGUCCGGGUGAGGUGGUACUACCGGCCCGAGGAAUCCAUGGGCGGCCGGAGACAGUUCCAUGGAUUCAAGGAGCUCUUUUUGUCGGACCACUACGACGUCCAGAGUGCCGAUACCAUCGAAGGCAAGUGCAUUGUUCAUACUUUCAAGAACUACACCAAGCUGGAGAGUGUGGCAUCCGAGGACUACUUUUGCCGGUUCGAGUACAAGGCGGCCACGGGAGGCUUCACUCCGGAUCGAGUCGCAGUGUACUGCAAGUGCGAGAUGCCUUACAACCCGGAUGAUCUUAUGGUGCAGUGUGAGGAGUGCAAAGACUGGUUUCAUCCAUCUUGCAUCGGACUGCCGGUGGAUCAAGUGAAGAAGAUGGAGAGCUACUACUGCCCGGAUUGCUCUCCGCAAGCACAAGACAAGUCCAAGCCCACGGGUCACAAGGUGUCGUCCUCUAAGCCGAAGCUCCCGCAGAAAGUUUCGCCUCCGCAAGAACUCAAGUGAUUGAUUUACCUGCAGGUGGAUCCAAAGCGGCGAAAGAAGUAAUGGCAAGAAGCCUUGGCAGCAGCAGUGGGAUGAGUAAAACAGAAAAAAACACUUAUUUUACUGAGAGCACAGUGUUGUGGCCACGGCAAAAGCUCAAGUGGCUGAGAGAGGGAGAGAGAGAGAGAGGAGAUGUAAAGCCUCUAGCGAGAAGGGGAAGUAACUUGUCUCUGUUGUGUAAGAUCAUUGCGGGAAGGUGUAAGAUCAUCUCGAAUCUCUGUUAUAAUCUAUAAUCAAAGUCACUAUUAUGGAGAAA